GGAGGCGCGGUACAAUAGAGCCGUUGUGCCGUGGUGGUGGACCGACUGCUACCCAGGAGAUCCCCUCUGUGGUCGGAUACAAACUCCCAGAUCCCCCUCCGCCCCCCCACGCAGCCAGAACCAGAGCCGUGGUAGUUUUUCCCCGGUACACGUUGGACGGUAUCCGGGCGGAAAUGCGGCUGGAAUAAGGCGGACGACAGCGAGUGGACUGGAGGAUGUUACAGGAUGAAGCGUCUCAGGUCGUCGAGCAGUAGUGACACUUCUGACAAUGAGAGUCCCUCCACCUCCUUCUGCUCCUCCCACAAGUAUGGAGGCGGCAAACCCGAAGCUCCGGCCUCCAACCAGAAGAAGCCGGCUGAAGUGUUCAGAAAAGACCUGAUCAGCGCCAUGAAGCUGCCCGACUCCCACCACGUGCCCCCGGAGGACUACUACCUGCUGGCGGACGCCUGGAAGCAGGACUGGGAGAAGGGGGUGCAGGUGCUGGCGAGUCCAGACACCAUCCCGGAGCCCUCGGUCAGAGUCAUGGAGGAGAAGCCCAAAGAGGUUCUCUACACUCACCAGAAGAAGCACAUCCAGUGCUCGAGCCUGGAGUCCACGGAGCCGGGCUACGUCACCAUCAAGGAGCUGGCGGAGGCCAUGUGCCGCUACGACUUGGACGACAUGGACCUCCACUGGCUGCAGGCGCUCAACAGGGAGCUGGAGCGCAUGGGGGAGGAGCCCGUGCACGAGCUGACGAUGGAGCGCGCCAUGGAGGCCCUGGAGAGCCAGUGCCACGACAACAUGAACCACGCCAUCGAGACGGUGGAGGGCCUCGGCAUCGAGUACGACGAGGACGUCAUCUGCGACGUGUGCCGCUCCCCCGACAGCGAGGAGGGCAACGACAUGGUGUUCUGUGACAAGUGCAACAUCUGCGUGCACCAGGCCUGCUAUGGAAUCGUCAAAGUGCCUGUUGGGAACUGGCUGUGCAGGACGUGUGUCCUCGGCAUCGACCCUCAGUGUCUCUUGUGUCCUCAGAAGGGGGGGGCCAUGAAGGCCACACGAGCCGGCACCAAGUGGGCUCACGUGAGCUGUGCUCUGUGGAUCCCGGAGGUGAGCAUUGCUUGCCCCGAGAGGAUGGAGCCCAUCACCAAAGUGUCCCACAUCCCCCCCAGCCGCUGGUCGCUCAUCUGCAGUCUGUGUAAAUGGAAGACGGGCGCGUGUAUCCAGUGCUCGGUGAAGAACUGCACCACCCCCUUCCACGUCACCUGCGCCUUCGAGCACAGCCUGGAGAUGAAGACCAUCCUGGACGAGGGCGACGAGGUGAAGUUCAAGUCGUACUGCCUGAAGCACAGCCAGCCCAAGGCCGGGGAGGCCGGCCCGGGACCGGCUCGCUCCAAGCCCGCCGGCGACGCCCAGAAGGCGGGCCCGCGGGCCCAGAGGCUGCGGGAGCUGGAGGAGGAGUUCUACACGCUGGUGCAGCAGGAGGACCUGUCCCGGGCCCUCGGGCUGCCGGCGCGCCUGCUGGACUUCAUCUGUCAGUACUGGAAGCUGAAGAGGAGGGCCAACUUCAACCGGGCCCUGCUGCCCCCCAAGGAGGACGAGGAGAACCUGGUGCUGCAGCCGCAGGAGGACAGCAUCCACACGCGCAUGAGGAUGUUCAUGCACCUGAGGCAGGACCUGGAGAGGGUGAGGAACUUGUGUUACAUGGUGAGCCGGCGCGAGAAGCUGAAGGUGCUGCAGAGCAAAGCUCAGGAGCAGAUGUUCAACCUGCACGUGACACUCCUGAACCAGGAGCUCUCAGCCGGUCUUCCCUCCUCGUCCCCGGCGGAGAGCCUGCUGUUCCGUCCUCCUCCUCGCAUCACGCUGAAGCUCAAGAUGCCCAAACCCUGCGGCUCCAAGUCGGGCAACGGGCCGCUGUGCCCGGACCACAGCGGCAACGUGGGCGAGGGCGAGGGCCUGGGUCAGGGGAAGCCUCAGCUGCGGGGCCGCCGCGAGGAGCGCUCCAACGGGCGCCUGACGUCCUCCUCCUCCUCCCGCGGCCCGGCGCCGCUGCCCGGCGGCAAGCCGCUGGCGCUGCACGCCGCGCUCCGCGGGGGCCACUCCUCCAACGGCAGGCCGGACCAGGACCGCAAGGCCAACGGCCUCUCGCAGAGGGACAGCUCCUGCCAGACGCCCGGCGACCCGGACGCCUCGGCGCCGGCCCUGAACAGGAGCGGCCUGCGCAAGUCGGCCAUGGAGCACUUCGGCCGCUCCUUCAAGGAGGCCACCAUCAACCUGGUGCGGACCACGGAGGACCUGCGGGCCUCCGACAAACUGUCCCGGGAGGGCGGCGCCAAGGAGAGGCUGUGGGCCAAGCCCGAGCACGGGCCCGGGGGCGCCCGGCCCUACCAGGACAGCGACGGCUACUGCCCCGACCUGGAGCUCAGCGACUCGGAGCCGGAGGCCAAAGGGGGGGGGAGGCGGCGGCAGCGGCGGCAGGUCGGCCCGCCUCAGCCGGGCGGCGGGGGGGGGAAGGGGGUCGGCCGCGGGAAGCAGUCGCCGGGCGCCAGGCACGCCGUGCAGAGGUGACGGCCGCUCGACCCGCCUCCUCCUCCCCAAAGUGCCAGACACGCCCCCCCCCCCGUUAACACCUGCUGUACAUGUCUGUACAUAGGAUGUAAGAAACGUUCCACUGAAACGCCUCCACUUUAUUCAGCCUUCAAACAUCCUGUCGCAGGGAUUGGCGGCGGCGUCGUGCACGGAGUCUACUUUUGUAAUUUUUUUUCAUUUUUGUAUGAAGAAGCGACGUGUGACGCCGUGGGAACCGGGCGAGCACGUGGACGUAGCCGCUGGUGCGACAGGUUGUUGGUGAACUCUCCUGCAGCUGUUUCUUGCACAUCUGUUUUCUAAACCCGACCUGGUGGCCCUUUCUUGUGAGGUCGUAGGUCACGAACAGCACCGUUUAACACUAUUAGUAGGAUUCUGUCUCUGAAAUCUAAGCUCUUGUCUCAAACGAGCGACGCCGCUCCACCCGCUCCACCCUGUGACGGAGUCCAGAUGAGUAAUGGAUGUGUGUGUGUGUGUGUGUGUGUGUGUGUGUGUGUGUGUGUCUGAGGGUCACAUGACCAUCGUUCGUCUUCUCUUUGUUUUGAAAAUAAACAGCUGGUUCACUACUUCCGCCCUGACGUUUUUUUCAUCGACUCACAAGGUGUUUGAUGGUGUUAAAUAUAAAGUGUAUUCAAUCUGGAUGUGGAAUAAAUAAUCUGACCUUUUGGUGCCAACGUU